AUGUCGUUAUUCGGCACAUCUCCAGAGGGUCCCUCUGUGGGAGAUUCUGCUCAAAGAUCCAAGUCUUCUCUGUUCGCCGUCGAACCGGCUACGGGCGGCUCCUCGCUGUUUGCCGAUGACGACGGCGAUGACAGCUCCUCUCCCUGGAACAUCCAGAAUAACACCGCGAAAAGAACAGCCCGGCGUGAUUUGGUUCGAACUUUGCUUCCAAAUACAGAUGUCCCCGAGAGCUAUAUCGAUGCGUACGAUUUGAUUCUGAAUAGCGGGGACAGGGUUGGCUCCGGCAUUGGGUUGACUUCAGUUCGGGAGAUUCUCUCGAGCAGUGGGUUGACUGCAACUGACCAAAGCAAGAUAUUGAACCUUGUUGCCUCGGGAGAUCAUGAGAGCUUCAGUGGAUUAGGUCGUGGGGAGUUUAACGUGCUGUUGGCGUUGGUUGGCCUAGCGCAAGAAGGCGAAGACCUCUCUUUCGAUGCAGUAGACGACCGUCGCAAAAAAUUACCACAGCCUAAACCCGCUUAUCUCGACCGACUACGAAGGACGGGCGACGCGCCCUCCGAGCAACCACACCAGCGACCAGCCACUCCUCCUUCCCAAACUCCUCCCUUGCCAACACCGGUCUCAGCGCGAUCACAAAUACCUCGACGGGAGUCAAUAGGCGGAUUGGAGGCUGACCCAUGGGGCAGUCCACAACUGCAUCGGGGCCACAAUCACGCAGCAGGAGGCACUGAUCCACGUAUAUUGAAUGGCUUCGGAAGUGUACGAUCUACCACAGAUGCCUGGUCUACCAAUGUGAUUCAUGAGCCCAGUCAAGCCAGUGUAUCCCAAAUGGAACAGGCUAACGAGCAGACCGAGGCUGCGCCGCCAAGCAGUUCUGGGUCUGGAUGGGGGACCACCCAUCCCAGUGGGCCAGGCCAGAGCGCCGAGGGCAGAUUUGAGGGUGCAGAACAACCGGUAUUGGGCGGCUUUGGUCCCCCAGGGGAUGACCCAAGCAUCAUCGCACCACGACGUCGGUCUCUAGGCCUCGGCCGUACGACAAACCCACAGGUGGAGGAAACUGUCACUGUUGCAUUGCUCCCCGAAAAGGAAGGGUUGUUCAUGUUCCAACAUCGAAACUAUGAAGUUAAGUCCGCGCGACGAGGUAGCACAGUUAUUCGGCGCUACAGCGAUUUUGUCUGGCUACUGGACUGCCUUCAGAAGCGAUUCCCUUUCAGACAACUGCCUCUUCUUCCACCCAAGCGUGUCUCAGUCAAUGGCACUCACCUUUCAGCGGAUUCAUCUUCUUUCCUCGAAAAGCGCCGACAUGGACUUGUCCGAUUCACCAACGCCCUCGUUCGCCACCCUGUGCUCGGCCAGGAGCAACUCGUAGUCAUGUUCUUGACAGUCCCAACGGAACUUUCUGUAUGGCGCAAGCAAGCCACAAUCUCGGUCCAAGAUGAGUUUGUCGGCCGUGUGCUCCCAGCAGACCUCGAAGAUUCAUUGCCCGCCACUCUUGAUGAAACAUUUGAAACUGUCCGCAGCGGCGUUAAGCGAUCGGCGGAAAUUUAUAUUAAUCUAUGUACUUUGCUUGAACGACUGGCUAAACGUAAUGAUGGCUUGGCUGCAGACCACCUUCGGUUCUCUCUCGCCCUACAGUCUUUGACGGAAGUUACCAAAGACACGUACGCAGUGGAUACCAAUGACAUCCCGUCCCUCAACGAAGGCAUCACAGCCACCGCUCGGCAUCUCUCUACCAGUCAGAGUCUAUUGGAAGAUGAGGCCCGAGGGUGGACGGAGGGAGUGCUAGAGGACCUCAAGCGUCAACGCGAUUGCUUGGUCAGUGUGCGCGAGAUGUUCGAUCGGCGAGAUCGGUAUGCACGGAACAACAUCCCGCAGCUGGAACGGCGGAUCGAGGCCAGUGAGCGAAAGCUAGAGGAUCUCCGCGCCCGACCCGCAGGUACUGUGAAACCAGGGGAGAUCGAAAAGGUUGAAGACUCUAUCUUCAAGGACAAAGAAUCUAUUGUCCAACAACAUGCCCGGGGUGUAUUCAUCACGGAGUGCAUCCGCGACGAACUCGUUCAUUUCCAGCAGAGCCAGUAUCACAUCAGUCGCCUGCAUCAGGAUUGGAGCCAGGAGCGGGUUAAGUACUCUGAACUGCAGGCGGACAACUGGCGUGGCUUGAGCGACGAGGUCGAGGGCAUGCCGACGGGCGUAUAG